AUGGGUACUAGGAACAUCACGUUUGUGACAGAGUACAUCCUCCUUGGUUUUUCUGGCCACCCCCAGCUGGAGAUGGCCCUCUUCGCAGUCAUGUCUCUAAUCUACUUUGUGACCCUCUUUGGGAAUCUCUCCCUAUUGGCACUGACUUGCCUUGAUUCUCGCCUCCACACCCCUAUGUACUUUUUCCUCAGCAACUUGGCCUUCUUAAACAUCUGUUACACAACUGCCGUUGUCCCCAAGAUGCUCAUCAACUUCUUGGCAGUGAGAAAGUCCAUUUCUUCUUACCUAUGUGCUAUGCAAGUGUACAUCACCCUUUUCUUGGGGGCAGCAGAAUGUCUCCUGCUCAUGGUGAUGGCCUUUGACCGGUACAUUGCCAUAUGCCACCCUCUCCACUACACAACGAUGAUGAACAAGAACAUCUGUGUCUCCCUUGCUAUUGGAGCAUGGGUUAGCAGCUUUCUGUUCUCAGUUACCCCUACCUUGACAGUAAAGCAGUCACUGUGCGGCUUCAUCAUAGAUCACUUGUUUUGUGAAAUCCCCGUCCUGUUUCAGCUGGCAUGUCCUGGAGAAGAUCUUUCACUGAAUGAGACCAUAAUGGCUGCAGGCAGCGUGUUCACUUUGCUUCUUCCCUUUGUCUUGAUCCUCUUGUCCUAUGUGCGCAUUGUUGUGGCCAUACUGCGAAUUUCCUCUGCAGAUGGAAAGCGGAAAGCUUUCUCUACUUGCUCAGCCCACAUCACGGUGGUGACCAUCUACUAUGGGAGUGGCAUGUUCACAUACAUGAAGCCUCAGUCUGGCUAUUCAACUGAGAUGGAUAAGCUGAUUUCUCUCUUUUAUUCAGUGAUAAAUCCCAUGCUGAACCCCAUUAUAUACAGCCUGAGAAAUAAGGAUGUAAAAGAAGCCAUCCUGAAAGUGCUGGGGAGAACCAAGGGAUCCCAGUAA